AUGGCGAACCAUAGCCUGGCAACCUUUAGUCGUUCAAUGCGCCUACGGGCCGCGCAGUGGUCUCGACCGCAGCCACGACGAGGUCUCUCUACGCCUCCCCCUCCAUCCUCACAGCCCGGGCGACCACCAGCUUCUUCUUCUUCUCCGAAAGAUCCUCGCUCACGCUUGCGCCAGUUCAAUGAUCGUCUCCCCCGCUUCCUUCGAGUCGUCACGACACCAUUAUUGGGAGCUCCAAUGACCCAUGUUACAUCCUUCCUCAUCCUGCACGAAAUUACUGCUAUAGUACCCAUAUUUGGCCUGGUGGGCGCAUUCCACUACGGAAAUAGGAUGCCCGACCUCAGCUCUAGCUCCGGGGAGGGCAAUGCUUUCGACGAGGGAGCGGCCCGGUUCGGGCGAUGGUUAAGGAAGAAGGGCUGGGUAGAGGAAUCGGACGUGAGUGCUGUGAAGGAACAUGAUACGACUGCAUUAGAACACCGCAGUGGACAACAACAAGCCGGUGUACGACUAGUUUUGGAAUUCGCGACAGCCUACGCAAUCACCAAGGCAUUAUUGCCUUUUCGAAUAGUUGCGAGUGUCUGGGCUACGCCGUGGUUUGCGCGGUCGAUCCUCAGCCCGACAACUCGCAUGGCGAAGCGAUUGUUCAGUAGGAAAUGA